AUGAAGACUGUUGUUAGCGAUUUAGCGCAAACGCGAUGUAUUGAGGCUGUAUUCACGGGAGGCGAUGUGGCAUGGACUCAGGAUGGCCAGCGGUUGUUCGCGACAUGCACCGACACCGUCAAGGAGAUCAACCUGCAGAAUAAUUUGGAGACGCGGGAGAUCGGCGGCUCUGACGAAAGGGGACGUGUCACAGCACUGACUAUCGACGAGGAGCGUAGGCGGCUUUUUGUUGCUUAUAACAGCGGCUUGAUCUGCGAGUAUUCGAUGGACGGCGACACAUUUGGCACGACGCUCCGCACCUGGAAGCCGAUGCACACCGCACCGAUCCUGAUUAUGAAAUUUAAUGCCGACUUUUCUCUGUUUGCCACUGCUUCCAGUGAUAAUAAUAUCAAGAUUUGGGACGUGCGAAAACAAAUCUGCUUGUAUCACUUCACCGGCUCAUCGGUCGUCACCUACGUAGCAUUUGUGCAAAAUGGAAAAUUGCUUGCUGGGUAUAUGGAUGGUGUUACGAUUCUCUACAGCUUGAACCCGGGCGUGACAAAUCGGGCCCUGACGCAGUGGCAGAAUCACCAGGGCCAAAUCUCCUACAUCGGCGAGAUCAAGGACAGUCGUGAAGCCCUUAUCGUGUCUCGCGAUCAAAUCUGCAGCAUUGUGGAUGUCGAGUCGACCAAGAAGAUAAAGGCGCUUCCACUUUUUGAGGCAAUCGAGGAUGGUUGUCUGCUUGGGGACCGAUUGUUCACAGUUGGUGAAAAAGGAGAGAUUGUGGAAUGGGAAUGCGCGACGGCGAGACGAAUCAGAUCUAAGAAACUUGCUGGCCACGGCCUGAACAGCAUUUCGUACAACGCCGCUACUCAAAAAUUCUUGGUAAUUUCGGCGGAAGAGAUCAUCUAUGUGCUGAACCAAGAAUUUGACGUCGAACGUCAACUGGUCGGCUUCCACGACGAGAUCUUCUCCACUGCCAUCCUCGAUAGAAGCGAGAACUUUCCCGGUUACCUUGUUGCAGCUGCCAAUACAAGCCAGAUCCGCCUCUACAAUAUGGAGAGCUGGGAUUGCAAACUGGCGGAUGGUCACAGCGACUCCGUUCUCUGUGUUCGGACUCCGAUCUGGGAUCACUCCCUUCUCGCAUCAAGCUCAAAAGACAACUCCAUACUUUUGUGGAAGCUCGUCGCCGGCCGCCAAGAAUUGGAACAGAUUGCGCUGGGUGAUGGCCACCUGAAUUCUGUUGUCUCGGUUGCCUUUUCUCAUUCUGGGAAACAACCUUUCAUUUUGUCCGUCUCUUACGACACUACCCUCAAGCUGUGGGACCUCAGACCGGUAAUCAAGAAGGGCCAGAAGAAGCCGGAGGAAUUGCCUAAACUUGCCUCUUCGUCAACGAUUGUAGCCCAUCAGAAGAACGUGACCUGCGUCGAUUGUGCUCCGAAUGAUUCGCUUUGCCUGACCGCCUCGAUGGACAAGACGGCCAAAAUUUGGAAGAUCGACACUGGGAAGAUGCAGCUCGGAAUCGCGGGCACCCUGUCGGGGCAUAAGCGCGGUGUCUGGGAUGCAAAGUUUUCGCCCAAUGCGCAGAAAGUGGUGACAUGUUCUGGUGACCAAACGCUGAAGAUCUUCAACGUCUCCGAUUGCACUUGCUUGCAUACUCUCAGCGGUCAUACAUUCGCAGUUUUGAAGGCUGAAUGGAUCAACAACGCCUCGCAGAUCAUCUCCGCAGACAGUGGCGGCGUCCUAAAGCUGUGGAAACUUGAGAAUAACGGUGCAAGCGUGGAGGCCAGCAUCGAGGCCCACGAUGAUAAAAUCUGGACGAUGACGCCUACUAACGACGAAUCGGGCUACAUCACGGCCGGCAGUGACGGAAAGAUUAUUUUGUGGAAGGACGUCAGCGAGGAGAAGCGGGAAAAGCAGGAACAAGUCCGUCGCGAGAAUGCCGAACAAGAACAGACGCUUUCCAACCUCAUUUCCCAAGAGAGAUUCGACGAUGCGCUACAAUAUGCCUUGGGAUUGAAUCGCCCAUAUUGCGCGCUGAAGGUGGUCAACAAGCUAGUGGAACGAGAAGCCCUCGUGCCCGCUAUCAGCCGCCUGGAAUCAGACCAAUUAGCGGUGCUUCUCGGCUUUGUCACGCAAUGGAAUACGAACAGCCGUACGGCGACGAUAAGUCAACAAGUCCUGCAAGCUAUCCUUUUGACGAAUCAUCCCGACCAGUUACUCAAAUUGCCGAACAUUGCCCAGACGAUCCAAGCGCUGCUACCGUACACGAAGCGACAUGUCUACCGCUUGUACAAGGCUCAACAGGACGUGUCGCUGUUGGAUUACACAAUGUCUCAAAUGCGAAUCAAU